AUGGCAGCUUUGAACCUCACCCACUCUGACCCAUCAACAUUCAUCCUAAUGGGGAUCCCUGGCAUGGAAGAUGCCCACGUCUGGAUUUCCAUCCCUUUCUCUACCUCCUACAUUAUCAGCCUGUUGGGAAAUUUCAUGGUUCUCUUUGUUGUAGGCAAAGAGCAGACCCUGCACAAGCCGAUGUACCUGCUGCUCAGCAUGCUGGCACUCACAGACAUCGCCAAGUGUACCCUCAUCUUGCCAAAGGCACUGUGUAUAUUUUGGUUCAAUCUGAAAGUCAUUACUGUGGGUGGCUGCUUCAGCCAGAUUUUCUUGCUUCACACAGUUGCUUUUAUGCAGUCUGCUAUUCUCAUGACAAUGGCCUUUGAUCGCUAUGUUGCCAUAUGUAACCCUCUGAGAUACGCCACCAUCCUCACCAAUGCACGAGUAGCUAAGCUAGGGCUUGCAAGUUUGAUAAGGUCUGCUGUCUUCAUGCUGCCUCUGCCCCUGCUCCUGAGCAGGCUACCAUUCUGUGCCAGCCACAUUAUCCCCCACACGCACUGUGAGCACCUGCUUGUGGCAAAGAUGUCUUGUGGGGACAUCACAGUCAACAAUACAUACGGCUUGCUGAUGGCCAUUGUACUCAUGGGGUCAGAUCUGAUGCUCAUUGCUCUGUCCUAUGGUCUUAUCAUCAGGACUGUCCUCAGAAUCUCCUCCAAGAGAGCCCCCCAAAAAGCACUCAACACCUGCACAGCCCACAUCUGUGUGAUGUUGAUGUUUUAUAGUCCCAUCUUCUUCACCAGCCUGACACACCAGUUCGGUCAGGGCAUCGCUCCCCACAUUCACAUCAUCUUGGUUGACUUCUAUGUCCUCAUCCCUUCCAUGCUCAACCCUAUCAUUUAUGGGGUCAAAACCAAAGAACUUCGUUACAAAGUGGGCAAAUACACUUGCAGGAGUUGA